GAACUCUGAAGGCAAAAGAAUUCAAACAACGUUGCAUGCAGGUGAAGCUGACACAGACUGAUGUCCGUGGGAGCGAGGACUGUCUCUACCUGAACAUCUGGGUCCCUCAAGGGAGAAGACAGGUCUCCACCAAGCUGCCUGUGAUGGUUUAUAUCUACGGAGGUGCCUUUCUCCUUGGAGGAAGCCAGGGAGCCAAUUUUCUGGACAACUACCUGUACGAUGGGGAGGAGAUCGCCGUGCGGGGCAACGUCAUCGUGGUGACCAUCAACUACCGCGUGGGGCCGCUGGGCUUCCUGAGCACCGGGGACGCAAACCUGCCAGGGAACUACGGGCUCAAGGACCAGCACAUGGCCAUUGCCUGGGUGAAGAGGAACAUCAAGGCCUUUGGGGGUGACCCGGACAACAUCACCAUCUUUGGCGAGUCGGCCGGUGCCGCCAGUGUCUCCCUGCAGACACUGUCCCCAAAGAACAAGGGCCUGUUCAAGAGAGCCAUCAGCCAGAGCGGUGUUGGGCUCUGCAGCUGGGCCAUCCAGAGGGACCCGCUCCUCUGGGCCAAAAAGCUUGGAGAAAAGGUGGGCUGCUCCACAGACAACACCACCGUCUUGGCCAACUGCCUGCGCCACGCUGAUCCCAAGGAGUUGACCCUGUCCUACCACCUGCAGCUCACCCACCUGCCCA